AUGGGUAUUUGUCAUUGUAGCAAAAGUAGUGAGGGGGAACAGAAGUAAGUAAAAGUGAAGGUGGGAGGAGGUGAAGAUGGAACUUGCACUUGGAAGGUUUUGAAGGGGGUUUAGUAGCAUAAUUUGGUCACCAAUUCAGGCUGGGAAAUGAAGUUUGAUCUCUCAUCUAACGGAACAAUAAGUGGUGGGAAUAAGAAUGACAAUGAAGAAAGUGCCUUGAAAAAGUUAUAUGCUGGAACUCUAAAAAAUGGAAUAUUGGAUUGUGUAGCUACGUUUGAGGAUGGGGCUCAAAUAAAGUAUGAUGGUGUAAUGGAAGGUUCCAUAAUGAAAGUUAACUGCAGAGUCAUCAAAGGCAGUGACAAAUUUCACGAGGGAGAUAUUGCUGAGUGCAUUGGACCUGUGAAAUAUGAUUGA